AGAAGAAAGAACAUCAAAAAAAAUGUUGUGCCUGUCGUCUAUUAACUUCGCUUUGCUCGGCCUCGUGCUUGGUACCACUGGGCAAUUUGGCGCCUCUACCGUUGUAAGAGAAAGGAGGGCUUUAAACGUCCCCUUGAAUGGGGGUAUAACGCUAAAUUUUGACGAGGGUAUGCGUGAUUUCAAUGUUAACGGAAAAAGCAUUGGUAUUCAAAGACAGACUUUAGUCGCUUUCCAAGCUACUCUUACAAGUGGCAAUAUCGGACCUAACUACGCCGAUGGCGCAAUUAAAUUCAACGACGUAGCUUUAAACAUUGGAAACGGCUACAAUCCAAGCACAAGAAAUUUACUGCUCCCACUGCAGGUCUUUACCAGUUUACUGCAACGUACCUUCAACUUAAUGGAUACAACUCUCGCGUUAUGCUAAUGAAAAAUAAUGGUAAAAUCAGUGAUAUACAUGCACACCACAAAACUUACGAUCAACUGACGAAAACAAUUUUUGUAGUUUUGGAAAAGGGCGACAUAUUCUGGGUUAAGUUGCUUAACGGUAGUACCUAUGCCAUUACAGGGUCUUAUCGAUAUACCGAAUUCGGUGGAUUUCUCUUGUCUGCCAGUUUCCAAAAAUGAUAACUAUGACCAGAAUUUAGCGCUCAUUCUUGCAUGCACGCAUGCGCGUUGUCUAAAGUGCUAUACUUACUAUAAUAUCAUGGAUUUAGGAAAUUUUAUAUUAUUCCAAAUAAUUUUGCAAAUUUA